AUGCAUCCUCCUGCAAAGCGGUCCGCAUCGAGAGAACCUUUGAUCGGCAUGAACUGGCUACGUCACGACCCCGGCAUCUCCGAAGGAGACAUGAAGACCCUCUUCUUCCAGGAUUAUGGAACAAGUCGCAUACUCAGUCUUUCUAAGCGAUCUGGAUUCGCUACAAGACAAAGAUCUUGGGCCCUAUCCAAUGAAUCUGAGUGGCAGUCUUGGCUUAAUGCGGGCCACCUCGAGGAUGGCGAUGGCGGCGAAAGCACCCUCAACAUCUUACUCUGCGGGCGUGUAGAACAGGAAUGCGACGAGCCCCUGACAGUGGCAUAUUUGCCGUUUCCGAAGCCUAUCUUUGAUCAAGUGAGGGCCGAGUUUCGGGUCCACGGGUCGAUUGCGCGAGUCAUCAACAGAAACGUACGGUGCAAGUUCAUGGACCUGCCGUUUCAAUAUGACCAAGACUCAGGAGAUGUUACUACCGUCUACAACUGCAGAACGGCAUCAACUUGGCCUCGUGAUAUGGCUCUGUCGGUUUCCUUCUCACCCAGAAACCUCACCACGUAUGCCGUCGUGUACGGGUGCGAUGACAAGGCCGCGGACUUUCUCAUAGAACAACUCACUGGAACUGACCACCCUGUCUUUCAUCCCAUGCUCCUGCCGACCCUGCUUGCGGACUUAGAAAGGGAGCGCCAUGUUAAGCUCUUGCGCAAAAAUUCCGACAAGAUGGGGCAACUGACGCUUGAUCUCACGGUAAACAAGGGUCAAGACAUCCCAAAGAGCCCUGAAUCCAGCUCCCAACUCGACGAUGAUGAGGAGGAGCCCAUUGAGCUGUGGCAAGACAUGAGCAAUUUGCAGAAUGGGUUCCAGAACUGGCAGCAGCAGAUGCGAAGGAUGGUGAUCCACCUUGGACGGUCAUCCAACGCCUUGGCUCCAGGCUCGACACACUACGAUUUGGAGAUUCAGAAGAAUUUGGAGAAACUAAGGGUUCCCAGUGUCCGGAUCCAAAAGAGGCUGGAGGAGCUAAUCAGCGAAUACGAUGAGCACAUUCGCGAUUGUGCUACCGUGACUGGGGGGUUAAAGCUGGCAAUGUCCAUGGACACCCGCAAAACAAACCAAGAAAUCGCCCACAGCAGCCUGCAGGUUUCCAGUCUAGCGCAGAAGGACGGCAGCUUGAUGAAGUCGAUAGCUAUUGUGACCAUGUUCUUCCUCCCCGCCACAUUCACCUCGGUCAAGACCUUCUUCUCGAUGGACUUUUUCGACUGGCCCAAGGCUACCAACGCCAUUGGUACCGGGUACAUAUGGGUGUACUUUGUUGUUGCGGCUGUUCUCACACUCAUCACUGUGGGUUUGUUCAAGUUUAGAGGGAGGAAGGAUGACAAGGUUAUGGCAGGGAGCAUGGUUUAG